GCAGUGCGCUUGCGCGUCGCUGGAGACGCAUGCGCAGAUGGUACUGGGCAGUCUUGGACAGCCAAAGGGGACUUGAAGGAGACGGGCGAUACAGCCGAGGGCACCUGGUCAGGGUCGCGGCUACCGCCGUCAUGCCGGGGAUAGUGGAGCUGCCAACUCUGGAAGAGCUGAAAGUGGAGGAGGUGAAAGUCAGCUCAGCCGUGCUUAAAGCUGCCGCCCAUCACUAUGGGGCUCAGUGUGAUAAAACCAAUAAGGAGUUUAUGCUGUGCCGCUGGGAAGAGAAGGACCCAAGGCGCUGCCUGAAGGAGGGCAAGCUGGUCAACGGCUGUGCGCUGAACUUCUUCAGGCAGAUAAAGAGUCACUGUGCGGAGCCUUUCACAGAGUACUGGACUUGCCUUGAUUACUCCAACAUGCAGCUGUUUCGUCACUGCCGCCAGCAGCAGGCAAAGUUUGACCAGUGUGUGCUGGACAAACUGGGCUGGGUGAGGCCGGACCUGGGGCAGUUGUCUAAGGUCACCAAAGUGAAAACAGAUCGCCCUUUGCCAGAGAAUCCUUAUCACUCAAGAGCAAGGCCAGAGCCCAACCCUGUGAUUGAAGGGGAUCUGAAACCUGCCAAGCAUGGCUCCCGCUUUUUUUUCUGGACCAUGUAGAGAUGGGUCGACGGUCCACACUUGGUCACCUCAGUCAUGCGCCCAGACGACAGACGACGAAAACACCCGUGCCGAUCUCGUGUUCUUUCCUGGAUCACAGACAUUAACAAAAAAGUUAAUUUAUGUGACUUGGCAGUUAUUCUAUACAUUUCCUGUCCAUUAAAAAUUUUAAAGGAAA